CUGGUGCGCUCUAUGGUGCCGCGGUGCUUCCGGGCCGGGCAUGGCGGUGGCGGGAUGGCGGCAGCCGGGGCCGGGGAGCGGGGAGGAGCCGUUCAGCCCCUCGGUGCUGGGCACCAGAGCGCACUGGGAUGCUGCGUAUGAAAGAGAACUGCAAACUUUUCAAGACAUUGGAGACGCUGGGGAAAUUUGGUUUGGAGAAGAAAGCAUGGUUCGCAUAAUCAGAUGGAUGGAAAAAAAAAAGAUCCCCCUUGACAGCUCUGUGCUUGACAUUGGGACUGGAAAUGGUGUUUUACUGAUUGAAUUGGCCAAGUCUGGCUACAUGAAUCUCACUGGGAUUGAUUAUUCUCCUUCUGCAAUACGCCUUUCAGAAAAAGUAAGAGAGAAAGAAGGGAUGUCUAGCAUCAAAUUAAAGGUAGAAGACUUCCUGGCUCCAUCAGCUGAGCUGUCAGGAUUUGAGAUUUGUAUUGACAAGGGGACUUUUGAUGCCAUAAGCCUUAAUCCCGAUAAUGCGGUGGGAAAGAGGAAGCAGUACGUGAGAUCUCUCUGCAGUGCAUUGAAACCAGAGGGCUUUUUCCUCAUAACGUCUUGCAACUGGACCAAGGAGGAGCUGUUGAACGAGUUCAAAGAAGGAUUUGAAAUUCUGGAGGAGCUGCCAACACCCAAGUUUUGCUUUGGAGGAAGAAUUGGAAACAGUGUAACAGCAUUGGUUUUCCAAAGGAAAAAAGAGAGCUGGUUAUGCUUCAGUAAAGAGGUGCAUAUCCUACCGCACAGGUCUCAGGCGUGAGUCUCAGGAGAGCAAGUAAGGUGUGCAAUAAAUAGUACUGUGAGCAGACUGCCCCACACCUUCAGUGCGAUAAUAAGGUGUUUCAAAGACUGCCCACGGGGUACCAAUAUGGAAGCUGUGCCCGUGGUUCAGGAUUUGCUGUACAGAACCGGCGUGCUCUCAGGGGCUGGGCUGACGUCCUCAGGGAGUUUGCGUUAUCCUUGUCUUCAAGUGAUGAAGAAGAUUCUUGUCUGAGGGAACAUGUCUGUGGCUAGAAAUGGAGAUGUUCGCUCACACGAUUUGCAUCUAAAUGACUUCAGUCCUGCACAGGUUUCUGCUGCAGGCUGUGACAUCCGUGGGUCAAAGGCCUGAAUGGGCAAACGAGGGGAUGAACUGAAGCCACUCACUUUAGAACAACUGGGCUUUGUGUCCGGGUGUACGAGGUGAAGCCACGUGGCAAGCUAGAUGGCUAACUGUGAAGCUACGGAGCUGGGCUGACACUGACCUUGGCAGCUUCUUUGAACUUAUUUUUAUGUGAGGAUGAGUUCCUGAAUAGCUUUUCUGGUAGAUUAGGCACAGCAAGCUUUUCUUCAUGGCUGACACUGGCUUCCAUGUAUUUCCAUGUUCCAGGAAUGCACUGGCAGCACUGUAGCCAUUGUAAGGAAAAUCUGCAAAUACACACUCUGCUAUGUCCGUUCUACUGUGUUCCAGGCUGCCUGGUAAAAGACUGCCAAAAUUUAUGUUAUUUCAUACCAGAUGAAAUCCUUAAGUAUGGUAUUUAGCAACAUACAGCAAAAUUUUCAGUGUUUUGGCACUCGGAUUGCUUUCCUAAUCUUGGCAUGCCGAAAGGUAAAGAACACGACUUGCUACAACAAUAACUGCUUUAUUUUAUAGGCCCUCUAAGCAUUCUAACAUAUCGAAUCGUCUCCUGUAAAAUAUGUAGAGAGCACAUAGCAAAUAAUCGGGCCAGGGCUUUGCAUUGCUGUAAGGAGAUCUGCCUUUGCAUUCCUGUUGCUCGCUGCCUUUUCUGGGCUCAGAGGAGAGGAAGGCUGCGUUGCGCAGCGUCACCUACCCCUUGGCUGGAUGGGUGGCACGGAUGCCUGUGGAGGGGACAUCUCUAUCGUAUGCCUUGGCUGGAAGUACUUGAGCAUGACCCAACCUUUAUGGGUAGCAGCUAAAUUGAGGAACAAUUAGUGGAUACCCAGAGCUUUCGCUGAAAGGGGAUGAGGUGUUCCAGCCUCAAGACAAAGGAGAAAGAGGAACGCUGGCGUGUUCUAUUUGACACAAAUAAGGGAAAAGCCAACUUAAUUUCCAUUUGUUAGGUAACAGUAUAGCUUGAAAUGAGCCCAUUUCUAGGUUACUGGAAAUUAAACUGAGUGCUGUCAGGCAAACAAAUGAUGUAUCUGCAAGGUAGCAUAUAAAUUCUGGAUAAUCGCAAGUGCGUAAGCCGGUGCUGGAGAGCCAGAGCUAAUAAACAGUAGUGAGGGAACGGAAACGAACCUCAGCCCAGUCACUCCAGCGGCCAAGUAUUCAUGGACAGUGUCACAUGUCAGGCAGAGGUGGGAAGAAUGUGCAUUUAUUGAGUAAUUUGAAAUGUUGAUAGGGUUGUGAGCUGAAACCUCUCAUUAGCAGCACAGAGACGUGCACGCACGGUGUGAUAAGCCUGCACCCAGCCUGAAACACCGACCAAGAAAAGGCAGGCUGAAGGUUCAUCAGUUAGAUUUUUUUUCUAGUGCUUCCCCUAAAAAACGAGUUGGUGUUUCAAGCAUAAGGAUCUAGGCCUUUUCGCCUCAAUUUGCAGUAGUAAUUAGCCUCGCUGACUGCUGCCCUACCCUAGGGCACCUGAACUCCACAGGUACUGCAUUUCUGUUUAUCCAACACAGCGUGCUGCUUUGGGGCAUGUCCACAGCUGCCUGGGUUUUCGUGAAUGAUGGACAACAAACUCUUUGGCUUACCUUAAACCGAUUCAGAUGCAAACAUGGCAGAAAAAGUGAUUAGUGCAUUCAAGUGAGAGGGAGGGUUCACAUACGUGUUUCAUGGUCUACUUAUUUUAUCUGUCAACUGUUUCCAUUGCACCUAGCCAGGGCCAGCCCGUCACUUGCGCAUGUGCAGCAAAUAACCUUUGAAAUAAAAAGGAUUGUUAGGUUUGGUGCAAAUCCCAUCAUAUGCCAAAUGUAGUAAGAACUACCCUUGUCAUUACAACUCCCUCUGCACAGCGGGCGCUUCACUGGUUUAGGGUGUUGUGUCUCCUUGAUUCAGAUACCCUCAGACCUAGAACGUGUUGGUCGUAUUACAGAGAUGUGCUUGUUCUCUGGAUAUGAAAUAUUUGUUAAAAAUACUUCUGCUC